GGCGGGCCCUGCCUCGCGACCGGAAGUGGCGCGGUCGCCGUGGCAACGCGGCGCCGUUUAACGGCGGGAGCGGGCGGAGGCCAGGAAGCAAUGACCACAGUGGCUCCUCUGAACUCAGCACCACCUCACUGUGCUUUCUCUUCCAGCGCAGCUGCUUUCUCAUAGAAAACCGCCCUUGCCAUGCAUGCCACCCGGCCAAAAUCCGCCAAGGGACGCAGGAGGCCACGCUGUGAUUACUCUCCAGGUGUGGAAGCCUGUCCUUGCAGAGUGCCACCUACCCUGCCACCAGCCCCUCUUCGUGGGUUAGUGAACAGCCAGAGAGCAUCAUCCACAAAACCAGCAUUCCCAACCAGCCAUAUGUCUCCUGAGGAAAUCCUGGAACUCCUGCAGCGAGUUCCUUUGAGGACCAUCUCUUCCCUGAACAAGUACAGGGUGCUCCCCUCCAUCAGCCACAGCAGUGCUGCGGAGGGGGUGGCUGAACAGAUUGACCGGUUGAGAGUGAGCGAGGGUCAGGAAGAUGCUCGGAAAAUCACAACUCUUCCUGGAGAACAGGGAUCUGCCAGCAUUGUUUCAGAAACCCACAUCCCCGAUGAAGGCAGCUCACACAUGCCGUGUCCUCCAGAGAAGCAAGAAAGGAAAAUGAGACAAGAAAGCCCUUCAAUGCUGACUUUAAGUUUGGAAGAGGCUCCAAAGGAAGAGUCAGAAUUGCUGCUUGCUGUCCGGUCUCCUUCUGGUCGGAGGUUUCAGCAUCACUUCAAGCCCACAGACACUCUCCAGGUGGUCCUGGCCGUAGCAGAACAGAAAUUGUCUGCUGAGUACAGAUGCUGCAGCAUUGAGACAAUGGAGGUGCCCCGGAGGAAUUUCUCUGACCUUACGAAGUCCCUUCACGAGUGUGGGAUUCUCCACAAGUCCGUGCUCUGUAUCCGACAGGAGCAGCGUGAUGUGGAUCUUUAGGCACACAGAGACGCUGCCACGCCACACUGGUUGUUUCUGCUGAGUGGGAUGCAUUGCUUCUUCUGAAAAACUGAAAUUCUGAGGUUUCCUUGGCCAACUUCUUCAUUUUGCCAUCUUCCAGGAAUUACCUGGGAAGCAGACUUGUGUCCGUGUGUUGAUCACUGUUCCGCAUGUGUGUUCCUUGGACAGAAACAGCAUCUGUGUUUGCCUGUGCCAUCUCAAAUGGUUUCCUGUGUGCCACCCGCCUUCAGCCUUUUUGUGGAUUGAAAUUGCCGAUCUCCUUUGUUGAAGACCAAGGUUUCCAAGUGUGAAUUGUUGCAUCUUGAAAUUGCACAGACUCAUUUUAGAACGCAGAGUGAGACAGCCAAACUCCUUUUAUAUUCUUCUCGACACAAAUCAUGUAAUAACUCUAAAACUAAUCACAAUUGUUAAUAUACCUAUAAAUCAAUCACCUAACAGAUGAUGCCCUUAUCAUAUGCCUAUUUACUGCUAACAACUUUCCCACUACUAUCAGCAGGCAAGGCAAGCUUCACAAUAAGCGAUAACUUUCUCA